GCGUGGGGGGAGGGAUCCCCCCGAGGCAGCCUUGAGGGGUGAAGGAGGCGCGGCAUUAACCCCCGUCCCUCCCCCCGAGAAGCGGCUUCUGCCGGAAUCCUCUCGCUCUCUGGGACUCCGCCACCGACGGGGGAGGGGACGGGGACGGCGUCCCGGGCCUCGCCUCUCCGCAAGCCCCGGCAGGGCGUUCCUGGGCGCGAGGCCGCGGCCCCUACUGGGCCCCUGCUGGGUCGGCCGACAUGGUGUCCGUCACGAUGGCAACGUCAGAGUGGAUUCAGUUCUUCAAAGAAGCUGGGGUUCCCCCAGGACCUGCUGUCAACUAUGCUGUCACUUUUGUGGACAACAGGAUCCAGAAGAACAUGCUAAUGGACCUGAACAAGGAGAUCAUGAACGAGCUGGGCAUCACCGUCGUUGGGGAUAUCAUUGCAAUCCUCAAGCAUGCCAAAGUGGUGUACAGACAGGAAAUGUGUAAGGCUGCAACAGAGUCAGUGGCCUCCAGCCAAACCACCUUGCAGACUGAACUCCGCCGGAAUGCCAACACUGCUGCCACUCGGAUGAUUGCAAACAGCUUGAGCCGAGACUCUCCACCUUCCACGCCUGUUCGAAGACCUGAGCCCAGCGCUUCCAAAAUCUCCAUUACGGUCUCCAAUAAAAUGGCAGCAAAGAAUGCCAAAGCAGCUCUGUGCAGGCCAGGGACUGAGAAUUCCACAGUCCCAGUGAAACGGCGCCGCGUCACGGCAGAGAUGGAAGGGAAGUACAUUGUCCACAUGCCAAAGGGAACAACACCCAGGACAAAGAAGAUUCUGGAGCAGCAGCAGGCAGCAAAAGGCUUACAGAGAACCUCUGUAUUUGACCGGCUGGGUGCAGAGACCAAUGCAGACACGACGACAGGAAGCAAGCCCACAGGAGUGUUCAGCCGGUUGGGGGACAUGCAGGAGGCGGAUGAGGACAGAGCGGCAGAGAGUGAUGAGGACAGCCCCGUCUUGCAGUAUGCUGGGGUGCUGAAGAAAUUCUUCAAGCCCUCCAGGCCCAAGGAGAAUGCCAAGGCUGGGGGGACGGUCAAAGCAAAAGCCACCAGCUCUGAGCCCACCCCCGCCCCCACCAUCCUGCGACUCGGGAGCAAGAGUCCGGCAGGCCUUAUGGCCCCCCUUAAGGAAAAGAAGCCAGAGUUGCUUCCGCAGGGCAGUAUGGCCCAGAGACUUGGCAAGCGCCCCCUGCCCACCGAGGCCCAGGACAGCAGGGUCACCAGCUCCAGGAGCAAGCUUGAGUCUGACUUCCGGGUCACCAUCAAGAGAACUUUGGGAAGUGCCAAGGUAAGCAGCACCACGGAGGCCCCCAGCGCCCAGAUGGACAACACGGGGACCGUCAGUGUCUUUAAGAGGUUGGGCAGGAAGGCCGUGUGAUCUGGGCCCCUGUGCCCCCUUCGCAAGCACGUGUGGGAAUCCAGAGAAUUUGAAUUAGGUGCGUGCGCGUUUUUUUAUGCCUCCUCCCUUCUGCGACACAAAUUGUGCUACUUCUGGGCCAGUUGGUCUUGGUGAGGACAGCUUCUGUGAAGCCCCAUGUUGCUUCUCCCGGCUGUUUUGACAGGUCUGUGGGGCAUGAGUUCAGCCCCUUGGGCAUGUGCAGAACGAGGUGUCUUGUGUGGCUGGAUGAUGCACAUCAGAGCGGCCCUGCCAGUGCAGAAGGCCCCGAGCCGGGCGUGAGGGAAGACAAACGGAGGGCUCCUGGGGAUCAUCAGAGCAGCGCGACAGAGCACUGAACACCCCUUUCUCUAUUUCUGUUAUUUCCCCUCUGCAGGUCCUUGCUCUUUCCUAGGAAGUAGUGUCUUGAGGGGCUGCAUAAAAGAAAGAGACACAGACACUGGGCUUGUGAGAUGCAGGAGAUUCCUUUUCCCUCCUCUUUCCUGAGCUUUCAUGUGCCACUUUCUGGUACGGCUGUAUUCCAGGAAGGGCAACUGUAACGGUUGCCAGAAAUUCCUCUUGCUGGAUACUGGAAUCAUGCAGUUGACAAACAAGGUCCCAGUAAUGGAUUUUGUCUCACGCCAGGAGGAGCGAAAUUCUGGCUGGCUUCUCCUUGGAUUCAGCUUUUUAGGCUGGAGAGCAAUUUCUUCCGGUUUUACUUGGGCUGUAGCGCGUUGUUCAAGGUGCAUGGUUCUAGGGAGCAAGAGUUUCACAUGUCCAACUCCCUCAUUAGGCAGGCUUCAUUUCUCCUGCCUGGACCUGCUGAAGCAGCGCUGCUCAAAUGGGAAGAGGGAGGGGGAAGAGUGCCAGGUCUCCUCCCUCCUAGGGUCGCUUCAGUCCUUCCCUGAGCAAAUGAGAGGCACAGUUGGAUCAGAGAGCAAGCAGCUGUUGUCUCAAGUUUGAAGUCAGGCCCCAGUGAGAAUUGCAGUGGGCCUGGUUUUUCAAGCACCUUGCUCUGCUGAUCCACCAGGGCUGAUGGGCACGUGCAUUGCUGCUUGUAACGCUGGGGCCAGAGUAGGGUGGCAUGAAGAGGUUACAUACCUUGUUACCUCCCCGGUUGCUUCUGUGAGCCGAUUCCCCCUUGUGGAAGCUCCUGCCCCCAAUGUGGUUGCAGCAGGACAUGCAUGGAAGAUCUGUGUGAAGAGAUGGUGGUGGAACAAGCCACCUUACCCGCCCACCUGCCUGCUCCUCUGGGUGCCUCCUGCUCUUUCUGUCCCGUUGGCCCUGUCAGUUUGCCUGCAUACACGUAUCAUUGACAGGAAACGUGGCCAUCAGGGCUCAGGAUGCUGAGAGCGGGCGACAGCAAUGGAGAUGGGAAGAGCUCACAGAGCUCUUCUAGCCAGCUCCUCCAAGGGCCCUGUCGUCUCCCUCUUUCCUUUCUAGUUUAACUGUGGAGAGUCAGAGCUGGGAGGGGCAGGCAAGUGAUUAAAGUGCCUCAGAGGCUCCUGGGCUGCCUGUCCCAGGUGCUCCUCCUGAAGAAGGAAGACAAGUUGCUGAACCUUGGUGUCCCUCCUGUGGUAUGGAUUGCAGCCGAAUACCCAGAGGUCCUGUGAAGCCUCCCUUGCGUGCAGGUUCCUCCCAGCACCUGUGAGGCGUGCAGGGUCUUUGCGGCCCGUCGUCCUGGCACAACGGAACUCCAGCAGUGCCAGGCGGUGGCUGUGUCCGAGUGGCACAGGGCGCAGGUACUCACUUGUUACACACAUGAAGGAGGAAGCAUGCUUUUGGGGGGUGGAGGAAUUGAGUGUGCGUUGGUGAACGGGAUGUUGCCCAGACUGCUGGCAGACUGUACGGUGUCAGAGCAGCGUGAUGGCAGGAUAUGCUGGAUGUCAUUGGAGAUAUUUGGGCAGAAUUGGGCUGAAUGUCAUCUGGUCGCCCUUUCCCUCUCUUGACUGACACACUCCAUAUCCCAGCAUGCACUGCCAGGGCAAUAUCCCUAGUGCUGGCUUCUGAUUGGCCCUGAGCCAGGGGCCAUAGCCUUCUAUACCCUGAGGGGCAUUUCAUGCUUCCAGCUGGGUGUUGCUACCCCGGAGAGAGUUCUGACGUAACAGUUUAGGGGAUGUGUUUUUCCCCUCUUAAAAAAUAAGGCAGCAGCUACAUUGGAUUUCUAAUAUUUUAAAUGAGUUUAUUGACUGAAUUAGGGGGAGCCAGAAGAGUUACGGCAUAACUGUUGAUGUGUUUACAAAAAAAGGUCUUUUUAAAAUCCGAGUUAAAUGUAAUUUGGGUGUAGCCUUGUAUUUUGUGGCCAGCUGCAUGAAAGUGGGAGGGGGGGCAGGGUCCUCAGUGCUCCUGCCUGAGCCUGUUGAGGUGCUUCUUCCCCUCCCUGUAGGGGGAUAAAUGAAUCUCUUGCAAUAAAAUGUGUCUCCUCUUUG